AUGAGGAACAAAAUCAUGCUUAUAGAGAUUGGAAUCACCUCUCAAAAAAAAUUGAAGCAAGUCGAAGUGGAAAAGCUCCACAAGUACAACCUGCUUGCCAGUGAACUGGGAUUAAUCCACAAAGCCAAGGUAACCAUAGUACCAUUGGUACUAAAGUGGGAUGGUGUUGUGAGUAAAUACUAUAAACAUCAUUGCGAUACUAUUGGUUUGGAAGAACUUACACGAGCUUACAUCCAGUCGGUGGUUAUCAAAAAAACAUUGGAGAGUAUGCGUGUAGAACACAAAUUUGGAAUGAUCCCGCCAGAAAAAUGCCAAACGACUCGUUUUACAAAUGGAACAACGGAAGAGGCUCUGCCAAGUGAGGCCAUUGAGUCGAACUUCAGAACGACCACAGAAGAGGCCAACCCUGUGAGAUGGAUGAGUGUGCCCAUCGAAGAGAUUGGCUUUAGCUCGAAGAGGAGGAGAAUCGAAAUCAAGGAAUCACAUGAUCCAAAUAAUGAAUUAGAUAGAUUAGUUUUUGAAACUUUUCUACGUCUGAGAGAUGAAUUUCUUCCAAUUUCUGGAACUAUCUUAAAACUGAUUGCAAAAAAAUUAUCUAAAAAGAUAAAUUAUGAAUCAUUUAAGGCAUCAAAUGGAUGGCUAGACCGGUUCAAGAAAAGACACGAGUUGCUAUUUAAAACUAUAAGUGGAGAAAAGAAUUCAUCUGACCUUUCUACGGUUUCCAAUUUUUUUGCUGAUUAUGACAACUGUUUGGAAACUGUAGGAAGUGAAAAUAUUUUUAACUGUGAUGAAACAGCUUUAUACAUAAAGCGAACGCCGUCGAAAUCUUUUGUUCAAUUUAAUGACAAAUGCAAUGGAAUUAAAAUGAGCAAAGAGAAAGUUACCCUUCUCCUUUGUUGUAAUGCACUUGGUGAAAAGUUAAAACCUCUAUUAAUUGGAAAAUUCAAAUCUCCUAGGUGUUUAAAAAAUUUUAACGCAGAGGAUCACGGAGUACUAUAUGCUGCAUCAAAAAAUUCGUGGAUGACUAGUGAUAUUUUUGGGAAAUGGUUAUGGAAAGUAAAUCAAGAUAUGAUCAAUGAAAAGAGAAAAAUUGUCUUAAUACUGGAUAAUGCGAGCUGUCACAGAAAUACAGAAUAUUCCAAUGUUUAUUUACUUUUUCUUCCCAAAAAUACGACCGCUUUAAUUCAACCCCUAGAUAUGGGAAUAAUAAAAUCCUUCAAGUCCCUCUAUUUCAAUAAACUGAUUGAUUUUACUCUUAUAUUUGAAAAAGAACAGCUUUCUGAUUUGAAUUUGAAUAAUGUCAAUCUUAGACAAGUCAUUACAGUUGUCGGGGAGGCAUGGAAAAUGAUGUCAGAGACAACGAUAAUUAAUUGCUGGCAGAAAAUAAAUGAAAACAGAUCAAAAAUUUCGGAUAAUGUACAGUUGGACGAAGAAUUAAUAGAUGACGUGAUUUCAGAUGUUAUUUCAAUGGAUUCGACAGAUAUUAUUGAGGACAAAAUUACUUAUGAUGGAUAUGAAUCUAAAAAAUCAUCAAUUAAAGAAAUCAUAAACAUCGUGAAUUCUCUAGAAGAUAAUAUUUUCAGUACAUGUCCACAAUUUUUGAAAAUCUACUACGAAUUUAGAAAAAACCUAUCAGGAGAACUGAAAAAAAACCAAUUCGGUGAGAAAAUUACUGAUUACUUUUAA